AUCAUAGACCGUUAUGGGUCAGCCUAUUGGAAUCAGAGCCAAUGUUCCAAUAGCAAACAGAAUAAUUUAAUUUCACUAUCAAACAUUUAUACUCCUGUUUUUUCUGAUCUGAUUGUUUUACUCACCUGUUUUACUCAGUGCUUUUGGCCGUCAAUUCCAGUGGUAUGCCGUUUACAUAAUUUCGGGACACAUCGACUUUCAAAACGAGCACAACAAAACGUUUUCCUCAUUGACGUAGAAUCAGGAAGUCACGGGAUAGUUUUGCUUCGGUUUUUCGAGAAUCAAAACGGUGUGAUUGUUGCUUUCUCUAGAGUAAAAAAUGAGCCGAAUUUAUAACAAUACGUCCUUGCAGAAUAAACCUGUUCAUAAUGAAAAGAUUGAGCACGCGUGGUCCCCCUCCUCAUAUCAGAGUGGUCUAGGUGUCAUAUUAGAGGGAAAGUUGGUUGAUGUCUCACGCCAUGUUAUCACUGACGUCAACAAUCAGAAGGACCGUUUCUAUGUCCUAUACAUCAAACCUAGUCGAAUCCACCAAAGGAAAUUUGAUGCUAAAGGAAUGGAAAUUGAACCAAACUUCAGUGAUACCAAAAAGGUCAACACAGGUUAUCUCAUGUCAUCAUUCAAGGUGGAGGCUAAAGGAGAGACUGAUUGCCUCACUGAGGUCCAGCUGGAAAACCUAGUGACUAAGGAGGAUCUGGUGAAAGUGACAGGGAAACACUGUCUAAGUGGGACCUAUGCUUUCUGGUACCCAGAGGGAGAGAUGAGCAAGACUGAACUAGAAACAGGCCAGGACAUUCGACUGAAAACCAAAGGCGAUGGCCCAUUUAUUUUUUCCUUGGCCAAAGUCGAUGGAGGCACAGUGACCAAAUGCAAUUUUGCCGGAGACAAAGAAGCAGGAGCAUCGUGGACAGACAAAAUAAUGUCCAACAAAUCCGAUGCCAGCAGUGCAACGAAGUCUGAAGGCCAUGGCGAGGGAGCAGAUGAGGAGGAAUGGGAUGAUUGAGGAGAUGAAUGGAAUUGCACAGUAAAACCUCCUUAUUCCUGUGUUGGUUUGUACUCCACGGUUCCACCCUCCGACAUUGCUUGUGCAGCAUAUGCACACUAAAGAGGAAGAGGGUCGUUUCAUUUUUUAUUCAGCACUCCUUUUGUAAUAUAGAGUUCUCUACAAGAAAUUGACAAAUCUGGCUAUUGCAGUGUAUCUUCGGUGUAGGGGUGUACAUGUAUUGCUUUGAACCUGUCUUUGGUAAACGUCAUACCUGCUUUACUUCUCUAUUAUCUCUCUAUUGAAAAUGUAUCCUUGUUUGUAGAAGGGUACAAAUGAUAUGUACUGCACAUAUUAACCUUGUAAUAAAACAAAUGGCAAUUUAUCUGAUGGGGUUGUUCUAAUGAUGUGUCAUCCAAAAUGUAAACCAUCAAUUGGGUAAGUGUGGUCAUGCAAGGGCAGAGUUAUAACUUUUACUAGUAGAGUAGCCAUUGUCUGCUAAUCAGAUUAUCAGUGUGUGCAAAUGUGUGAAGUUGCCAAAUAGAUGUAGGCUACAGUGGGUGAUUUUAAAUCAUGCAUUCUCCAAAAAAGAUUAGAAACUGUUUGGGUUACCAACAUGAAUGAAUACAUUACUUGUGUACAUGUAACAAAUAAAAUAAAUGUCUCUCA